GAAAAAUUAGCAAAAUUAGAAGCUGUUCAUCUGUCUGAUAUAAUAUAUACAAUUGGAGAUGUUAAAUUGACACAACAUGAAAUUAAUGUUCUAGUUAAAGCAGAUGAAAAUGUUGGUAUCUGUAUAACUGAAAAUCAAGUAUAUGAAUCCAAGGUGCUACAACAGUUAAAUGAUACAAACUAUUAUGAAAAGUACAAUUAUAAUCCUUGUACACAAUUAUAUUGGAGAAUUAAAUUUGUUCUAAACGAAUUAUUAGAAAACAAUGAUAUAACAAGAUCUGAAAUUGUAAAAUUGAAACCAGUGAGACCAUCAUCUGCUGUUUUUUAUAUUCUUCCAAAAUUGCACAAAAAAUCGUGCCCUGGUCGCCCAAUUGUUCCUGGUUGCCAGCAUAUGACUUCUAAUAUCUCCAAAUAUUUGGAACAAAAAUUGACACCAUUUAUACCAUUAAUACAAGAUAUUGCACUGGAAGAUUAUAAUAUUGACAAUUAUAUUAUUUUGAAGGAUACAAAUCAUCUAUUAAUUGAAAUUGAUAAAUUAAAUCAUCAAAUUAAUGAUCAAAAAUUGUGUGUCAAAUAUAUCACUCUUGUCAGUGGUGAUAUUUCGGCAUUAUAUACAAAUAUUGAUCAAAAGGACGGUUCAUCUGAAUUACAUGAUUUUGUAUCUAAGAAUUCAUAUCAUACAAACUUCAGUCUUACCAUGAAUUGCUUUAAUAAAUUAUUAGAAGUUGUAUUAACAGGCAAUAUCUUAAUAUUUAAAGGUGUUUAUUUUCACCAGCGCAUGGGCACGGCUAUGGGCACGGAGCUUGCCCCUCCGUAUGCCAAUAUAUAUGUGUUCAAGAAAGAAAUGAAAGCACGGAAAUCGUUUAUCAAGAAAUGUUCGUCAUCAUUAAUAUUAAGAUUCUUUCGAUUUCUUGAUGAUAUUCUAUGCAUUUUGCUUACUACUGAUAAAAAUAUUAUUGAAGAUUUACUUAAUCCAUUAAAUCAGACGAAUAAUAACUUAAUAUAUACAUUUAAAAGUAGUACAACCAAAAUUAAUUUCUUAGACGUUAAUAUUAUUAUUAAUAAAACAUUAAAUAGUCCUGAAACGUCAUUAUAA